GGGAGCUAAAGCUACUCCAAAAAAAAGAUUGAUGUCGCGAAUCGAACGAGACUUCAACUUUCCCACUUCAACAUUUAACUUUCAGACGGAUAUAUUGCUCAAUGCGACAAAAUAACUAUUGUGCAACUCCGUAGCCAUGAUCAAGGCCAUGAUCAAGGCACCGAGAGCACCAUUUGUAUGCCUCCAAUGCCUCCAAUGCCGGCUAGUUAGACCCCAGAGAAGACAGCGCCUCCUACGAGGUUCUACGACGGCACGUCUAUUCUCUAGUUCUACCUUGAGAUAUAAAUCUAGCACCAACCCUGCUAGUAUAAAUCCCGGUUCCGACGACAUACCCAUCUUGUCCCGACCUCCGACGGCCCCUAAGGCUAACAUCGAUAUCAAACAUAUCCGGCAGAACCCGGCCCUGUACGAACAGACAUGUCUUGAAAGAAAUUACAAGACCCAAAGCGCAUAUCCCUCCCGCAUCAUUGACCUAUUUGCGCAAUGGCAAACCCGGCAGAGGGAUGGCCGUAGCAUGCGCGAGAGGGGCAAUGCCUUGCGUCGACAAAUCGCAAAUCCUACUACUAUACAGCAUGAGGACGAUGAGACUGAGUCCGGAUCGGGAAAGACAAAGCCGACUGCUACCACCACAGGAGGGGACGUCAAAACCUUGUCAAGAGAACAACUUAUCGAAGAGGCCCGAACUAUUAAGGACAAGCUAUCGUCUAUUGAAGAGGAUGAAGCCCGUCUCGAGGCGCAAAUGACAGAGCUCGCACUCGCCAUUCCUAACUUAACUAGCCCGGAAACGCCCCGUGGAGACGAGCCCCGCGUUCUCAGUUACAUUAAUGAGCAGCCAGAGCAAGUACUCCCCUCGUCGGAUCGCUUAUGGCGAUCCCAUGUGCACAUCGGGUCCGAAUUAGGCCUACUUGAUUUUACCGGCGCCGCGACGACAUCCGGCUGGGGGUGGUACUACUUAAUAGAUGAAGGCGCUCAGUUAGAACAGGCACUUAUCAGCUACGCGCUUGCUGUUGUGACCAAGCAAGGCUCUGGCUGGCACCAGGUCGCCCCGCCAAGCAUCGUAUACGGCCACAUUGCCGCAGCCUGUGGGUUCCAGCCGCGCGACCAGAACGGCGAGCAGCAGAUUUACACCUUAGCCCAAUCCACCGCCGAUGCCGAGCGCGGAAAGCCUGAACUCUGUCUCGCAGGUACCGCCGAGAUCCCACUCGCCGGCAUGAAAGCCGACACACUCUUGGAAGAGACUGACCUGCCUAUAAAAUAUAUCGGUGUGUCGCGAUGCUACCGCGCAGAGGCGGGCGCCCGCGGCGUCGACACCAAGGGUCUGUACCGCGUGCACGAGUUCACCAAGGUGGAGAUGUUCGCGUGGACGCCUCCCGAUGCGGAUGCCACCGCCGAGGUCUUCGACGAGAUGCUCGACCUACAAACUGAGAUCCUUCAGGGGCUAGGCCUGUCGUGCCGUGUGCUCGAGAUGCCAUCGACUGACCUCGGCGCGUCUGCCACCCGCAAGUGCGACAUUGAGGCUUUCUUCCCGAGCCGCCGCGGCCCGGACCGCGACGGCUGGGGCGAGGUCACAAGUGCUAGCAUUUGCACCGAUUAUCAAGCCCGCCGAUUGGCUACGCGACUGCGCGGCGCGGCAGGUGCCGGUGGCAAAUUGACAUAUCCCUGGACCGUCAACGGCACUGCGCUUGCUGUCCCCCGCGUCCUAGCCGCGCUGCUGGAGAACGGAUGGGACGAGACUGAGAUGACAGUUGAUAUUCCCGAAUGUCUUCGGCCGUGGAUGGAUGGAAGAGAGAAGAUUGGGUGGAAACAUCGCCGUACCUAAAAAGGGAGAGGGCUACUAGGAAAAGUAUAUUUCUAUUUCCAUGUGGACGCCGAGUCGAUAGGCUUUUCCGACGAAACAACCUUACUUGCAGUACAGUACAUAGUCUUUAACUUUGUGGAUAGUCCUAGAAAUUCGAACGUUAAAAGGGGUAAACGGACUAGGUUACGCUUUCUGUACUAUUAUCUACCUAGUAUCUAUAUAUCUAUAGUAUCUCUACCAAUUAUCCCUUAUACGCGAUCGGGCAGUAAAUAGCAGGACACGAGCGCGGCGUAGAUAUUAUUAUUAUUAUUAUUAUUAUUAUGAUUAUUA